AUGGGGGCGUGGUUUGUGUGCUCCUUUUUCAACACGGUUCCUGGGUCUCAGCGCGUCUGCUGUAGAACUAAGAUGGCUGUUUAAACAAACAAAAUCCAGUCUAUAUUUCGGGAAUGCGGAGUUACAAGGGCAGAUACGUCCUCAAGGCUGUUUCUGUGGUUGUGGGACUUGAUCGCGUGGUGUUUUUCUCUCCUUUUGUCCUACGGAGAAGAAGCGAUGGACCUUCACAUUCUAGACCAUAGAGUGAGAGUAACGUGCAUCAGCAGAGAUGGGCUGCAGAACUACACCCACCCCCUGAUCAAACUAAUAUUCCUACGGAACAGAACCAGAUGCAAAUUCUUCAGUCUGACCGAAACGCCAGAAAAUUACACUGUUGUCCUCGACGAGGAAGGAUUUAAAGAUCUUCCCGCCUCUGAGCACCUGCAGGUGGAAUGCUCUACCUGGCUGCCUCUCAACGUCGUGUCCAAUGGCAACGCCUCCAGCAGCUCUCAGGCCGUGGGUGUCACCAAAAUCGCCAAGUCUGUCAUCGCCCCACUGGCUGAACAACACGUGUCCGUCUUCAUGCUCUCCACAUAUCAGACAGACUUCAUCCUGGUGCGAGAGAAAGACCUGUCGGUGGUGAUCGACACCCUGGCUGAAGAGUUUAACAUCUUCCAGGAGGUGGAUGGAGAGUCAAUACCAGUGCACAGCCAGGAUGUGAAUAACGGCCUUCAGGGGAACGAAAGAGAGGUUCCUGGUUCUACAUUACACCCAGUAUUGAUCCCAAAGAACCAGUUCUGUGUGAUGAGUUUGGAUCCUGACACGCUGCCAGGCAUUGCCACCACGCUCAUGGAUGUCCUCUUCUAUUCCAACAGUCCUAAAGAAGAUGCCAAUGUCACUGCUGAUCUGGAGUGCAAGUUUUUCUCCUUCUCUCUGAUCGAUGGCUACGUCUCGCUGGUAAUGGAUGCAGAAGCACAGCGAAAAUUCCCAGCAGAUCUGCUGUUCACCAGCUCGUCCGGCGAGCUCUGGAGGAUGGUGAGGAUCGGUGGGCAGCCGCUCGGUUUCGAUGAGUGUGGGAUUGUAGCGCAGAUCUCUCAGCCCCUAGCAGACUGCGAUAUCUCAGCUUAUUAUAUCAGUACGUUCAGUUUCGACCAUGCCUUGGUGCCAGAAGAGGACAUAGUGAGGGUUACAGACAUGCUUCAAGAUCAGAGGAAAGGCACCGGAUGUUGAUGCAAUCCUCUGCGUUCACACUACAGGACCAGCCGGAACAGCAUUAACACACACAGUGUUGCAGUGACCACUGGAAGUGUUUUGAUGGAGUUUAUAAGCUAGGAUUGGCUCACAAGAGCGAGAGAGCUCAAGGUCCAGUCACAGAUCAGGCAAAGUGCUUUGUUUCUUUCUUUCUUUCUUUUUUUUUUUUUUUUUUUUUUGCGAAUUGCACAUAAUAAACUUUUACGUUGUAGAAUUGUUUGUUCGACCAAAUUAACUGUAAUACCGCAAGGUCUUACAAGAUUAUCGGUGCAGAUUUAUUUAUUUUUUUUAACUUUGGAAGCCCAUUUCUGCCAGGUGGGUCAUUUAUUUGUUAUUUAUUUAUUUAAUUUUUAAUUUUAUUUUAAUUUUUUUUGGCAGCAGAAGAACCAGUUUCAAAAAUUUUCACUUGUCAUUCCAAAAAUCGGACCAAUUAUCUCGAAUCGUUGACGGAUCUCAAAAUUACCGACGCAUUCUCUUAGAAUUGAUAAUUUUUCUUAAAUUCUUAUGGCCGAAUUUAACAUUCAUUAGAAUUUCUUUUAAUCUGAAUUAAAAUGGAUUUAUCUCCAAAUUAUAGCUGAUUUAAAAUAAAAAGCUCAGAAAUCCAACAUCACCAUUUUGACCUUUCGCUAAUAUUCUAAAUUCCUGUCUCAAAAAAGAAAUACUAAAUCAGGGUCUUGUCAAAAAGUCUGAACAUAAUUCAGAAUUUUUUAUUUAUUUAUUUUUGUUUUUUUAUUUUAUUUAGACGAUGAUUAAGUCAGAUUACUGAGAUGUCAAAGUUUGAGGUAACAAGUCAAAAAUUCAACAUGAUGCUGUUGCCAAUAAUAACAUCGGUAAUAAUAAAAUAAAUAAUAAAUAAAAGCCUAUUUCUUUUUGACCUGGCACAAGUUGGCCUCCACUGAUUCGAUGUAAUCUGUGGAUCAGCAAAUUUAUUUAUUUAUUUUUUUUAGCACCACGUAAAAACACUAUCAGUGUUUGACGUUUUCAGUAUUGUUGCCGUUUAUUUAGCACUACUCCAGACUAACAUUUGGUUUGAAAUGUAGCAUCAACUUUCAGAUUUCUGGGAGAAAAAGAAAAAGAAAUAAAAAGUUACUGAAAACCUUUGUUCGAAAUGAGCGUAAGAAACUCAUGCCUUCUUUAUUGUUUUAAUUUUUAUUUUUUUUUUUCUAAUCCUAGUGAAUAUUUCAGUCUUGUUUUAUUAACCGUAUCGUUUGGGAGAAAAUGGUUAAAAGUAUUUCAAAUGUAUUUUAGUUUUAAGAAAGCAGGAAGUGGGAUUUUUGCCCCCGUCUUCACCUGCGAUGGACUUUUUCCUGGUUCGGUUGUUUUUUUGGGGUGAGACGUUAACGAUAUAUUUGUGAAGCUACAUGUGACGUUCACUGUGUUCACUUCGAUCUUUGAUUCGUUAGUGUCAUUCUUCCCGAUCUCCAUGUCAGUAUAUAAAUAUGCAUAAAACACCAUUUUUUAUAAUGGUUUAGACAAUUAACCAUAUAAAAGCACACCAGCCUAAAGCCUUUAUGUAAGCAAUUAAAAAUUAUCUACACAUUAUCUACGUAUCUACACAACCGCUAUUGGGUUGUUGGUCGGGUUUCGACGUUCGCGGCCGACGUUCACGGCCUUUAAGUCGAUGAUGUAAAACCAGGACGGAUUUUGUCGUCCAGGUCCGUUGAUGAUGCGCGAUUCUGGAUGUGUAUUAUAAUAAACCUUUGAUUGAAUUAACCAGUGAA